AUGACUAUGGAACUGCAAGAGCUGAGGGACCAGCUGCGCAGCUCCAAUCUGAAAAUGUGCGGCUCCAGGAGAGGCUUGCUGUUCGUGAAACUCCCGCAAACUCUGGUGCCUCCACUUCCACAGACUCUGGGACUACUAGCUCUCCGGCAGAGCGAGAAAGCUCUGCCUUGUCUAGCGUGGUGGAGAGGGAAGCGGCGGUCCGAGGAGGCACCUGACCCGGGGAAGAGCACCGUGACGUUGACUACACGCAGCGGCAGGCAUGACCCCCCCUCAGAUAGUGCCUUAAGAGACCAACUGCUGCUCGGACUCCGGGAGGGUCCAUUAGCCCAGGCGCUGAAGGUCUACGCACGCCGCAACCCGGAUGAAGACUUUGCUGCGCUCCGUAAAGAGGCCCUCCUUUUGGACUCUGAAUAUGGCCCUGCUUCAUCUGAGGUAACGUGUUCUGCUGUAAAUAAACAAUAUGCUUCUCCCAGGCCGCUCCCAGAUGAGCUGUGGAAAGACCAACUGAAACGGGAGAUCAUGGAGGAAGUAAAGGCACAGAUGAAGGGGCUCUCACGUGAAAUCGUUACAGAGCUAAGGCAAUUUCAAGCACCCCCGAUGCACAACCAGCCCACCUCCCCUCGGACAAAUCCACGGCGCACACCUUACAACGACCGGGACGAGCGAGGUGUGGCAAAAACCCUGGUGGAGGUGAAGAAGGGUCGACUACCUGUUCGUGUGUGUAACCCCCACCCAUACAGUGUCACGAUAAAUCGGUUUGAGAGGCUGGGCCGGCUGUUUAGUGUUGAGGCUGGUGAUGUGCAUGGAGUAGACGAUCUGUCGUUGUCCCUAGUCGAAGAUGGGGUUGUUGAGGUAGCCCUAGUUAACUUUGCAGAAGCCCAAAUGAACGUAGAACGGCCCCCAGGCGUGGUAGAUUUAGGUGAGCGGGCUGAUCUGUCUGAGCCACAACAGGAGCAGUUGCGUGCCCUGCUAGCCAAGUGGGGGAAGGUGUUCGCACAACAUGAGGAGGACUUCGGACGAGCAAACAUUGUCCAGCACCGGAUACCCACUGGAAACGCUGACCCAGUUCGAGAGAGGUACCGGCCUGUCCCCCCUCUCCUGUACAAGGAAGUAGGAAACAGCAAAAUGCCAAAAGCAAAGAGCAAGUCCGUUGGAGCGCAGCCAGUGAGGAGGAAAAAGAACUUCAGCAGUUCGGAACUCGAAGUCCUGCUGCUGGAGGUCACGAGGAGGAAGACGACUCUCUUCAGUAGCCUCAGUGCAGGUUGCACCAAUACCAAUAAGAAGGAGGCCUGGGAGGCAGUUUGGCGUGCGGUGGAUGCGGUCUCAGGAGAGGGACGCACCAUAGAGGAGGUCAGGAAGAAGUGGUUCGACCUGAAAUCCGAAACCAAAAGAAACAUUGCCAAACACCGGAGGGAGACGCAACGGACUGGAGGGGGGGCAGCAAACACCAUGCUGUCUGAUCUGGAUCAGCGCAUUGGGGCCAUCAUCGGGGAGACGGCACUCUCAGGUGUACCAUCAACUGAGUCACUGGACACAGACCUGGGCCCAUGUGCAACGCGUUCAUCCCCUCCCUGUGCCGCUGCCAUCCCAGUUGAAUCCGAAGAUGAAGUCCCGCAGAGAGACCCCGAUCCAGAACCGACAGAGCCCUCCUGUAGCAGAUCCACCCGCACUCGUGCCUCUCCACGUCUACGCUUGCUCUCGGACGCGGUUCUUCACAAUCAGGAGAAAAUUGCCGAGUCCCUGGACAAGAUUGCGUCCACACUGGGAACCAUAUCUCAGACUCUUUUAGAUUUGCAUAAGCAGCUCACAAAUAAAUGA